AUGGACAAUCUGUUGGAUGAGGACCCAUUCUUCACCACUCUCUUACAAAGUGGAGGAGAAGGUCCUAUUACCACUCCAACAUUCUCACAGCAUUCUAAUGUUGUGGUCGCUUCAACCCCCCUCACGGUGAAAAGAGGCCUCCAACAAAAAAAGUUCAAAGAGGAGCUUCUUUCACUGUUGAGGAGGAUAAUGUACUUGUCUCUGAAAUGCACAAAUAAGUUUUGUGCAUAUCUAGCUCAAGUAGAGUCAUUGCACCUGAGUGGUGCAACCGAACAAGAUAUGAUUGAAAAGACAAAAAUAUUGUACAAAGAGAUGGAACGAGGAAAUUUCACAAUGGACCAUUCUUGGAAUCUUUUGAGACACCAACCCAAAUGGCAUCAACAUAUGAAUACGCUGAAUACGAGGAGAAAGCCACAUGAUAAACGUCCUUCCAAUGAGCAGUCAAGUGAAAUUUUGGACGAUGUUGUGGAGGAGCAUGUUGAAAGGUCUGCUGGAAAAAAGGCUGAAAAGGAAGACUUGAGGAAGCGAAAGGCUCAAGAAUCAUCUGAUGCUGAGUUCAACAUGGCAUUAGGAGCAAUGACCGAGGAUAGACAAUUGUUCAUGGCGGAGAGAAGAGAAUGGCAAACGAAGGCUGAUCGUGAUAGAGGUACACAACUGGAGCUUGAUAAAAGAAAGUUCGAUGCUGAGAUGAUGAGCAAGGAUCUUUCUGGUAUGAAUGCCAUGUAG